CUUACUGUGGAAAAUAAUGGCUCUGCAUCUGCUAGAUAAGUUAGCUAAUCAUUGGCAUUGCAAUUAAUGCUUGAUAUUUUAGUUUUUGGGCCAGGGUGAUUGACCAUUAGCUGAGAUGGUGGAGCAUUUGGUCUUUCUCUUACAGCAAGAUAAUUGUGAAAUUAGUAAUUCUUCAGUGGAUUUUCAUCCAUACUGAUUUUCAUCCAUGUAAAUGCACAUUUUACCCUCUGCAUCUCAAAUAAAUUCCUUAUAAUUAUUGUUGUUCUCUAUCUUCUCCUUAACAGGUGCACUUGACUGAGAGAGAAAGGCAGAAACUGCAGGUGUGGUCUCGAAUUAUGCCUUACAGAGAGUCCUUCACCUGGGUUAUUGUUCCUUUAUUUGAUAAUAGCAUUGGUGGAGCUUCUGGUGGAUCUGCUUCUGCUAGUAGCCGUCUUGCUGCCAGCAUGUCUGGGUCUAGUUCCCAUGAGGGUGUCCUUGAGUCUGUUGCAAAGAUUACAUUAGAUGGGAAGAUGGGUUAUUCAAGUGGAAGCUCUAUUGUUGUUGAAAUAUCUAACUUGCAUAAAGUGAAAGAAAGCUAUACUGAGGAGUCACUUCAGAUAGUAACCUUAGAAGAUGUGGUUGAGGAGAUUGUUGGAGAAAUCUUGGAUGAAAAUUAUUCAAAGGAGGUGAUCCAGAAGAAAACUGGCUAUAUUGUAAUGCGAGCAGAGGGAGUAUAUGAUGUCCAUGCCCAUGCAUCUAUUUAUUUGCCAUCUGAGGACUUGAAUAUCAAAAUGCCAGAGGUAUAUUAUUCUAUAGCAUUGCUGAUUUUCGUUGUUAUGGUGUAUAGAGCACUGAAUGGAGAAUUUAAACAUUAAAGCUAAAACUCAGUUAUUAGGAUCAUUUCUACCUUUGAUUAUUUCUAGGAUUGUACACUUCUCCUGCCAUUUCCACAGGCUCAUUAAAAUUUCAUUCUCUGC